AUGCGUCGCUGUGCUACAAUCUCGACCAGUAUACUGGUUCUGGCGAUGACUGCCUGCCACGUACUCAGCCUUCCAAUGUUGAGCACACCAGGAUCAAGUGCAUAUGGUUCAAUCACCCAAGGCUCAGGUUCAGGUUCAGGCUCAGGCUCAGGUUCAGGCUCGCGCUCUCGCAGUCAGUCGACGAUCGGCGAGCAAGGUGCUGACCAUUUUGGAUUUUUGUCGCCUCAGCACGCGGACCAGUUCGACCCCUUUGCCGCAGGUGGUCUGUCAGAGUGGAACCACUUUCAGCCGGAUGACUUCGCUACCUUCUUCGGACAGAAUGAUCAUGAGCAGCCCUGGCAUCCUUGGUCUCCCUCUGCAGCGGGAAAUGCGCAACAAGAGGAUAGUUUGACUCGCCUUAUCCACACGCAUUCCUUUCCGUCACCAUCUCAUGGUUUGCCACAGACUCAAGAAUCUCAUAGCAUCAUGGAUGGCCCUAGAUUAGCGCCACCACCGAGCAGAGCGUCGACUGUAGACGUAGAGACACGAGGCUCGUUUGGACUUGGUCAGACUCAGACUCAGACCGAACACGGGGACUCUAGUCAAGCUGAUCAGGCUCCUCUGCCGCAUCCUGAGGAACAAGGAGCAAUUUGGCUGAAUCAGGUGCAUAAAGCUCAAGACGAGCUACCUUUAACGCUGGCUGAACGUAUCGCAAUCAAGGAGGCACGUAAAAUCGUAACCGAUCGCGACUUUUUCGAUACUCGAGACCGCUGGAUUGCGAAUCGCUGGUAUCCAUCGACCAUGCUCUUUAAUCCGCACACGCCGGACGAAAAUCGGCAAGAUUCAACGGCUGCGAGGCUGAACGAUCACAGACAAGGGCUACAUACACCUGCAGAUGCAAAGACAGGAAUGUCUCCGCUCACCAAAAAAAUGUUGGAAGAUGUUGAAGCUCUGGGUCCAUAUGCUCAGGACGGACACGGUACCGUCGUGGCCAACAGCAUGUGGAAACCUCCUGUAGAGGCGUAUACCACUCUCCAGAAGAUUGUUUCCAGCUUCCGUCUUCCCAGACGUUCGGGAUACCUCAAACCUCGCUUGCAAGGUACCAGGAAAUUCGAUGGUGCCAUCAACAGAGCUGUUUCGGAAGUACGCUACGCAGCUAUGCCGAAUCUGGCGGAGAGAUUGUCGCUUGUUCGUCUCUCGGGCCAGAGGCUGAUGGCGAAUAAGUCGACUUGGGCAAGGAUGGGCUUGCGAAUGGUUUUCGCGCAGACAUCCAACGUAGGAUAUGCUCUGGUGGAUGCACAGCUGCUCAAAGGCUUCUUUCCUGGCCUGUUGGAUCAUGAUCGACACCUGUUGACAGACGGCAGCAUCGCCUGGAUUGAGGUCGAAAAGUCAGGAAAACAAUAUGUCUACAGAUUGUAUUCGGUGCUCGAUCCUAGCACCAUCGAUUUGUUAAAAGGCUAA